GUUGCUUCAUCUGGGUGGCUUAACUUUCCUGCUACACUGACCCUUCCUCUUCUGAAAGCCACUACAUAUCUCACCCACCACAACAACUUUACUACCUCAUCCUUCGCGUUGGUUUUUGUUGCUCUCUCUCUCUCUCUCUCUCUCUCUCUCUCUCUCUCUCUCUCUUCUGUAUCUGAAAUUACUUUGAUGUCUGAAUUUCAUUCCAACUAGAGAAAUGGGUUCCGGAGACUGGUUUAGGACGAUUGUCAGAAAGAAGAAAACAAAGCUACUGAAGGGAUCUGCUAGUCAACAAUCUAAUGGAUUCAAGCAGCGAAACCAAGCAAAUAAAAAAUUCAGCAAACUGCUUAUUGCUGCUUGCAACGGAAACGACUCUGGCAUAACCAUUGAAGACUUAGCAGCCACUCAAAUUCAAACUGCAUUUCGACGCUACAGGGCAAGGAAGACUCUCCGAUGUUUGAAGGGGAUGAAACGAUUAAAUGUCCUCGCCAACGGUCAUCCAGUUAAGAAGCAGGCGUCCACCACGCUGAGCUAUAUUCAAUCCUGGAGCAGAAUACAAGCAGAAAUUAGAGAUCGCCGUGCCUCUAUGGUGACAGAAGUCCGCAGCAGGCAAAAGAGGCAGGAAAAUCAGAUGAAACUAGAGGCUAAGCUCCAUGACUUGGAGGUCGAGUGGUGUGGAGGCCCCGAAUCCAUCGAGGAGAUAAUUGCGAGGAUACAACUAAGGGAAGAAGCUGCAGUGAAGCGUGAAAGGGCAAUGGCAUAUGCAUUUUCUCAUCAGUGGCGAGCCAACUCGGGCAUCGGUCUAGGGCCGUUCUUCUAUGAAGUUGGGAAAGGUAACUGGGGGUGGAGCUGGAUCGAGCGGUGGACGGCCGCCCGGCCAUGGGAGCCCCGGAUUCCGGCACUCUCCACGAGCCCAAAAAAUGCGCCGACAAAGACACCAAGCAAAGUUAGUAAGAGCACAAACCAGGCACUUCCAAAAGCUCUUUGUCAAGUUAAACCUACCCUUGCCGACGCAAAGAGCUCGACAAAGAGAUCAUCUCUAUCAAACGAAGAGAAAGCUGUCGCCCGAGAGCCGAAAACAAAUUCAAUCAGCUCUUCCCAGCAGAAACCGAAGAAUCAAAAGGCGAAAGAACAGAAGAUUUCCUCUCAAACUGGGUAAACACGAUAAACGAAUCCUUCAUGAUAAGUAAUGAAUGAUUGUUUGAUGUUAUGUUCAUUGUUUUUUUUUUCUACUCUUUUACCAUCUGAUUGCAACAAUAAAAAGGUUUUCUUUUCGUUUUAUGUAAAAUUCGUUGGAUGUAUAUACACAACAUGUGCCUUCAUGUGAAAGCGGCAAUUCAGAGUGGCUAGGCAACAUGUUACUUGUAAUAAGACUAGCAUUUGUCUUCCUGGAUGAUUGCGACGGAUAACGCCGAUUGGUUGGCCCAUGGAUCUAUGCUACUGUCCAUUUGUUAUCUGCCUAAA